AUGUGCUGUUACCUAAUUCAACCCCUGCUACUAUUAUAUCAGGGAACACAUUUUCGACAUUUGGACAUACCGCAACUUCACACUCGUCAUUUCUUAGAAUACAAAUAUUAUGAAGAACACAACAAGCUAAUAUUACUUGAGAAUGUGACUGGACAUAGCUUUCUAGAGUUAUUAAGAGACCACUUACCCACUUUACUUGAAGAAGUCGAUUUGGAGACAAGGCGAAGAAUGUGGAUUCAGAUGGAUGGUGCGCCACCACAUUUCGCACGAAACAUAAGACAUUUUCUGGAUCAAAACUUCAACGGGGUACGUGAAAAAUUUGGUGUUCGAACGGGAACCGACGACAAGGGAAGACAUGAUCGAACGAAUUCGAAUGGCUUGUAGAG